AUGAAGACGGAACAAGAAAAAGAAGAAGGACAUGUAUGCUUUAGCCGGGACUUGGGAAAAGUAGAUGUGCGCAAUGAGAAGGUUUUUGAAGGGAGUUCCCCUCUUUCAUCAGGAAAAGGUAGUCUUGGAAAGAGACAGUUGAGCCUGGACGAUAUGUUUUCCAAAAGAAAGACAACAGCUUCGGAAAUUAGUAGCGGCCGGAAAGUAGACUGGGUUUGUGAGGGAUGCAUCAAUCCAUGCGAGUAUUGUAAGUUAGAGGAGAAGAUCGACCCAAAAUGGAGAGUAUAUCUGAAGUCCGAGUUUGGAAAAGACUACUUUAGAGGAAUCAAGAGGUUUCUUCAUAAAAACAAAAACCACCUGCCUCCUAUCGACAAGAUAUUCACAUUUUCGAAGUUUUUUCCACUGGAAAACACAAAGGUUGUUAUAAUGGGGCAGGAUCCUUACCAUAACGACCAACAAGCAAUGGGGCUGUCCUUUUCUGUCCCCCUUGGGGUUUCCAUUCCCCCCAGUCUCAGGAACAUAUAUUUAGAGGCCAGCACUGACAUUGAAGGAUUCGAGAUUCCCUCUCAUGGAGAUUUGACAAAAUGGGCAGAGAAUGGGGUUCUCCUGCUGAACGAUGUUCUUACAGUCACCAAAAACCAGGCAAAUUCGCAUGCAGGAAUCGGGUGGCGGGAGUUUACAAGUAGGAUACUCCAGAUUAUAAACGAGAAAUGCACCAAUGUCGUGUUUAUGUUAUGGGGACGCCAUGCACAGGCAAAGGGAAAAUUCAUUAAUAAGAAUAAGCAUCUAGUGCUAUGCUGUGGGCACCCAAGCCCUCUUAGCUCCAACCACUUCUUUGGCUGCAAGCAUUUCUCUAAAGCCAACAAAUAUCUUAGGGAGCAUGGAAAGUCCCCCAUCAAGUGGCAGAUAUAG